GUAGACGGCCAAAUGGACGCAAAUAAAAAGAAACGCAAAAAGUGUACAUUUUUCUUUCUUCUAAAUGUUCUUCUGGAGGCUAGCGCCAUAACCGCAGUUAUUUAUUGCACACUCUUCUCCAAUUGUGUGCUGGGCAAUGAAGUCAGCGGUCCUGUAUUCAUAUUCCUUUUAUUCAUAUUUUCUGCCUUCAUACCGGAUUUGCUUUAUCUCACACUUUCGCGUAAGCUGCACACUUUGGGCACUGAUCCGCUGGGUGUCAUGUUUAAUUUCAUAGCUGGUGGCUUAUGCAUUCUUAUCGGGGUAGGCCUUAUGCUGGUAUUACUCGUUUUCUGCGGCUAUUAUGCACAAUUCAUAUUGGUGAUAGCUGGUGCGUUCACCGUUUGCUCUGGUGUUUUUCAUUUGAUAAAUGCACUUAUGUGCAACCAACGAUUACCAAAAUCGGAGAGGUACUUUAAGCAUCGACAUCGACGUAAAGGCGCGAAAAAAGCGAGUGGCCCUAAGAAAAAGGUCAAAGAAGUAGAGGAGUCUCAGUUGGCCAGCACAAGGAGUGGACAAAAAGAUGCAAAGAAAGCGGACAAAAAAGCUGUUAAAAAAGAUGAUGGCAAGCUUGAGAGCAGCGAUGUUAAAAAGCACGAUAAACGGAGUGACAAAAAGCGCCAAGAAACGGCUUCCAGUAACGAAAUACCAAAAUCUUUACGCAUACUUUCGGUUAUACUUUACCUCACUUGCGGCGCGAUCGAGUUAACUGGAUUCCUAUUACUCUUCUUUUAUACAUUUUCGCUCUGCGUUUUGGGGCGUGAGAAUUCUACACGCAUUUGGUUGUCAAUGAAUUGCAUUGCUCCACCAAUCACAGCUGACUUGGUUUUCGCGAUUGGUGGCUUCAAGAGUGCGGCACACUUUUAUGCAUCCAUUGCUGUUGUCUAUAAUAUUGUCAUGGCAACUCUAUGCAUUUUAUCAGCUAUAUUUGCAUUUGCUUCAAUCACGGGCUGUGGAAAUCCUGCGCAGUUAUUAACCAUUAUUGCUGGUCUAAUGGGACUUAGUGCUGGCGGUUUGCAUAUUUUUCUCACAAUUAUUGGGUUAAAACACCUUGAAGGCGGUGGAAAACUUUUUAAAAAUAGGCAAUCUAAAUAGAUAUGAGUCUAUACGAGUGAUUUAAGUAAAUACGGACAGUUGAGAAUCCAAGCAAAAAAAGUCUUUUUACAGCGUUUAGCAGAGGUGGGUUCAUAUUGAGUCAAAAAUCUCUGAACGGGUGGGUCUCCAAAUGGUGGGAGUUUCAAGUGCAGCGAUGAGUUUUUGGGGAGGCUAUGGAACCUCAGUUGGCUGCCGACUAUGAAUAAGAAGGGCAACAAACUGGUGUAGGACUUGGAAAUCUUUAUGAAUGACUCGCCUCCAAAUGGUACGAGAAGUUUGAAAUGAGUGGCUCGAUCCCAACCAACAUCCAUUGGAGCGUUGAAUAUGAUGUUAAACAUACUGCCCAUAAAUAUUAUGGCGAA